GAUAUGAAUCGCUGGACUCGACUCUACUGUAACGCCUUGGCUUUUGCUCCUCGAUCGCGAAACGCACAACUCUCGACCCUAGGAAACCGCAGAUUUACGCCACCUGCCACCGGCGGUCGGUCGGUCGUUUUAACCGCGCGAUGGACCUGGAGCCGGCCGUGCCCGACCCGAAUUCCGGUGAGGAUUUCGUCCACGUCGAGAAUUCCCUGUCGGAUAGCUUGACUGAGAGCAUCGUCAAUGUGGAGAGGGAGUUGGAAGAGAACGACGACGUUUCGAACAGCGUCGUCGCGGAGGAGGAUUUUGACAACGGGAGGACGACGGUCCUACCGGAAGAGCUGUCCCGGAGCGUGAUGGUGCUGACGUGUGCGUCCACCGCCGAGAGCGGCGUCUGCGACGUCCACGUCGUCGGAACGGCUCACGUUUCGGCGGAAUCAUGCAGAGAAGUUGAAGAAGUAAUAAGAUAUUUGAAACCGGAGGUUGUUUUCUUGGAGUUAUGCUCCAGCAGAGUAGCUGUACUUAGUCCUCAGAACUUGAAGGUCUGUACUUUUCUUCAGGUUCCUACAGCGGGAGAAAUGAUAGAUAUGUGGAAGAAGAAUCACAACGCCUUUGGAAUUCUGUACGGCUGGUUUCUUGCCAAGGUUGCUAGUAAGCUUGAGGUUUUUCCUGGUGCUGAGUUUCGCGUAGGAUAUGAUGAAGCAAUGAAGUAUGGGGGUAAGGUGGUACUUGGUGAUCGUCCAGUGCAGAUCACUUUGCGAAGGACAUGGGCGAAAAUGCCACUUUGGCAUAAGAUAAAACUAAUUUACUCUAUACUUUUUCAAGCCGUCUUUUUACCAGAUCCUGAAGAACUUAAUAAAAUGCUAAAAGAUAUGGAUGAUGUUGACAUGCUGACUCUUGUCAUUCAAGAGAUGAGUAAGGAGUUCCCAACUCUUAUGGAAACGCUUGUACAUGAACGAGAUCAGUACAUGUCGUCCACAUUACUAAGAAUUGCCCAGGAGCAUAAUUCAGUAGUAGCAGUUGUAGGGAAGGGACACCUACAAGGAAUUAAAAAGCACUGGGAGCAGCCUGUUGUGGUGACAGAUCUUAUGGGAAUUCCUUCACAAAAGACAGGUUUUUCUAUGGUCAAAGUUCUUAAAUCUUGUGGUGUUGUGGUUGCUGGGGCAGCCAUAAUAUCAGGAAUAUAUCUUGCAUCAAAGAAAUGAGUUCAGAGUUAUGUAACUAUUUGGCAAAAGUGACCCUUCAUGAUCUGAAUGAGGAUGCUAGAUUGCUAGAGGCUAAGUAGUGUAUAACAUUUGGUUAUUUAUUCUAUAGUACUUAAUAUUGAGUGCAUCACAAGUAUCCUAGGAAAAUCAUCUCGAUGAACAGUUACUAGGUGUUGGAAGUUUUCAUCUUCAGUUAGUUCGGAACUUUGAAUCCAUUUUACAAUCAAAACUUAGAAAU